AUGAGGACCAGGAAGCCUCCCUGCCCCAUAGAAAAGGUGUGGGUAGACAAGCACAAAUACGAUGAAGCGGAGAGACUGCAUUAUGAAAGAGAAGCAAUGUUGGCCACCGUGGUCCCAGAGGAGUGCCUGGAGCUGGAGGCUGUCAAUGGGAUCUGCAAUGAUGAUUCCAUUGAAGGUGAACUCAAGGGAGACCUGAAGAGAGGCAAAAAUGGCAAGAAACAAAGGAAGAGGAAACGCUCCCCCAAACCCAAAAAUAUGGUCUCCGAGGUAGACUCUGUUUUGAGUGGUUUAUUAGCUGACAGUGUGUGGUUUGACAAGCCUUUGUAUGAUCACGCUGAGAGCUUGUAUAGGCAAAGAUUAGUGGAUUGUCAAUACCAGGAGGCAGCAGAGACUGAGCUGCCUGAGUCAGAAGCUGUCCAAGAUGCUCCCAAGCCAUGGAUGCUUCCAGCAGCCCUAUCGUGCUCCCACGGCAACCUGAGUGCGUGUCACCAUGUCGUUCAGGGCAUCUGGGUCAACAAGUUUGACUUUGACAAGGCUGAGAAGGCGUUCCUUGAAAAGUCUCAGUUCUUUGUUCCUCCAAACAUCCUCGCCAUCCCCUCUGUGUGCUCAGAUGGUGGGAAAGUCGGGCUGGGAACGCCGGAUGAAGGCUAUGUGACAGCGCUGCCUACGCCUGCUACACCCAGCUUAGUUCCUGAUGUUGUUAAUUCUGCUCCCCUCGUUAGCAGCUCGCCUCGCUCUGCAGAGCCCACAGUCAACGGUAAACCUCAGGCUUCCAGCUUGCAAGCUCUCAUGUCAGAGGUGUGGUUGGAGAAACCUCUCUACGAUGGUGCUGAGAAAAGCUUCUAUGAGAACAUGUUUGAUAAUCAGCCACCAGGCUCCCCCCAAGCCUCAGAGAACCACCAGAAGGUUGGAGAGGAAGCAGGUGCUGAACACGUGGAGCUCAUCAGCAGCUCUCAGCAGCCUUCACCCACCUCCUUCUUCCUGCAUGAGGACAGUGAGCGUGUGUGGCUCAAGAAGAUGACAUACGACAGCGCUGAGUCGCGCUACUACGAGGCUGAAGCUCUGAAAAUGUCAGGAGCAGAAGAGAGAACGGAGAUGCCACAACCCACAGUGGUGAAAUCUCAGCCAGAUGCUGAGGCUCCGAGUAUACCUGCACCAGAAAAGAAAAAAAUGGCAGUUGAAUUCCUUGUGGAUGAGAAGAUCUGGUUUGAGAAGUUUAAGUAUGAUGAUGCUGAGAGAAGGUACUAUGAGCAGCAGGUGAACGGGCCAGCCGGCAGCUCUUCCCACCAGCAGGAGAACGGAGCCAGCACGAUCCUCCGCGACAUUGCCAGAGCCAGGGAGAAUAUCCAGAAAUCGCUGGCCGGAAGUGCAAGCACGAGUUCUGGGCCUGGUGACCAAAAUGAACUUCUUUCCAGAAUCUCUCACCUGGAGGUAGAAAAUCAAAACCUUCACAAUGUUGUUGCAGAUCUCCAGAAGGCCAUCUUCAAGCUGGAAAGUCGCCUAAAUGCUCUGGAAAAAUCUACCUCCCAUCAACCCUCACCUGUUCCACCAACCCAGAAAGUGGAACCAUUCGGUGUUCCCUCCAAGAAAGUAGAGCUGCCAUCUGCUUCACCUGCGAAGAAGGCUGAGCCAGCUGCUGCAGAGGAAGAUGAUGAUGAUGACAUCAACCUUUUUGGCAGUGAUGAUGAAGAGGAAGAUCAAGAAGCUGCCAAAGUGCGGGAGGAGAGACUGCGUCAGUAUGCAGAAAAGAAGGCCAAGAAACCAGGUCUUAUUGCCAAAUCUUCCAUCCUUCUGGACGUGAAACCGUGGGAUGAUGAGACUGACAUGGCGAAGAUGGAGGAGUGUGUGCGGUCUGUCCAAAUGGAUGGGCUUGUGUGGGGAGCAUCUAAGCUGGUCCCAGUAGGUUAUGGCAUUAAGAAACUUCAAAUCCAGUGUGUAGUGGAGGAUGACAAAGUCGGGACAGACAUCCUGGAGGAGGAGAUCACCAAGUUUGAGGACUAUGUGCAAAGUGUUGACAUUGCUGCUUUCAACAAGAUCUAGAAGCAAACCUAUCGUCUCUGAUACUGUAAUAAAAGAUCAAGGAGUGCA